AUGGGACUCAAUAAUGGCAAAGGUGUAUGUGACUGGUACAAGCCUUCACCUACAGAUAUUACAGCAUUGAAAGCUAAGUUAUACCCGGGUGAUAGGCUGGAGUUCACCAACAGCCCAGAUGGAUUGUGGUAUUGCCACUGGGGUAUAUAUGUCGGUCCAUACCAAGGUGAAAAACACGCUGUCAUCCAUUUCGGUAUAUUCGAAGGAGGGAAGAGAUUUGCCAGAAAGAAGCUAUCAGGCAGAGCGAAUGCUGCCCCUCAAAAGCCCGAGAUACGAGCUGAUACUAUUGAGAAGAUUCUAGGCGGUUCCUGCAAGGUGAGGAUCAACAACUUCAGAGACACUCUAAAGCAGCAUCAGGAUACCGACUGUAUCAUUCAACAGGCAAAGGACAUGCAUCAAUAUGAAGGACAGACGACUGUUUACGAUCUCGUCGACAGCAACUGCGAGCAUUUCGUGAAUUUGUGUCGAUACGGUGAACACCACACUGUCAUCCUUAAGGGCUUCAGUAUCGGUAGUCAAACCAGCGGUUCCAGUUCAGCUGGAGGGAGGGAUGUCAAUCCAAAUUAG